ACCAACCAAACAACCCCACCCCACCUCCCAAAAAAACCUGACUGACUGUUCACAAUGUUUUACAUUGUGUUAUCUCUCUAGGCACACGGGAGGGCCCCCAUGGAACCCCAGAACAUCACAUGGGUGUCAGAGUUUAUUCUCUUAGGUUUCUCACAGACUCAAGAACUCCAGAAACUCCUAUUUGUGGUGUUUCUGUGUGUCUACAUCACCACUGUGGUGGGAAAUAUCCUUAUCAUGAUUACUGUGACUUUUGACCCCAGGCUGGACAUGCCUAUGUAUUUUCUGCUUCGAAACCUGGCCGUCAUAGAUCUCAGCUAUUCUACAGUCACCUCCCCCAAGAUGCUGGUGGACUUCUUUCACAAGACUAAGACCAUCUCGUACCAGGGCUGCAUGGCACAGAUCUUCUUCUUCCAUCUCCUGGGAGGUGGGACGGUCUUCUUCCUCUCCGUGAUGGCCUAUGACCGCUACAUAGCCAUCUCCCAGCCCCUGCACUAUGUCACCAUCAUGAACACCAAGCUGUGCGUGGGGCUGGUGGUGGCUUCCUGGGUAGGAGGCUUUGCCCACUCGAUUGUCCAGCUGUCUCUGAUGCUUCCACUGCCGUUCUGUGGCCCCAAUGUCCUGGAUAACUUCUACUGUGAUGUCCCCCAAGUACUGAGACUUGCCUGCACGGACACCUCCCUCUUGGAGUUCCUCAUGAUCUCCAACAGUGGGAUGCUGGUUCUCAUCUGGUUCCUCCUCCUUCUCAUCUCUUACACUGUCAUCCUGGUGAUGCUGAGGUCGCACUCAGGGCAGGCGAGGAGGAAGGCGGCGUCCACCUGCACCACCCACAUUAUUGUGGUGUCUAUGAUCUUCAUUCCCUGCAUCUAUAUCUACUCCAGACCCUUCACCCCCUUUCCCUUGGACAAGGCCGUGUCCAUCAGCUACACGGUCUUGACCCCCAUGCUCAACCCCAUGAUCUACACGCUCAGGAACCAGGAGAUGCAGGCAGCCAUGAAGAGACUAGCAGAACACUUGGUACUUACUAAAAGAAAUGAGCUUUAAACAGAUUGCCUUUCAAUGACAGAGUUCGCUGGACUUGUGCCAC